GUCGUUAGCUUUACAAAACCGGAAGUAGCCAGAGUAUCAUUUCCUGGAAACAACACCAAACGCUCUGAAUAUAUUAUUGAUCAUAAAUUUGGUUCGAAUCAUCAUUCAGACUGUCUGUGGCUUACAAAGUCCAAACGAAUCGGUACAGAAACCCUAACGUCACACUGCGUCGAUUCCUGCUAGGUUUAGAGCUGUUAGCCCAGCAGAGUUAGAGGAGUUAAAUCCGAGUCUGACUGGACCGAGCCCGACCGAACUGUACCGUGUCCAUCAUGGGAGCUCACCGCAGCGAGGGAGGCCGGGAAUGGCUGGAGCAGGACGGAACGGAGAACCCGGAGCAGAAACAGCCGUGGAACCUGAUGAUCAAGCACAGACACAUUCAGAGACGGGGACGCCGCUCGCACACCACCGUCAGCUACACAGAUCCUCAGGUGUCCAUGGACCUGCUGAGGGCAGUGCUUCAGCCCAGCUUCAAUGAUGACAUCAUGGCCGUUUUCAGGAAGUACCAGAAGUUCUUUGACAAGGCGGCGGAGAACGUGAAGGAGAACGUUGGGGAUGAGGUGCAGACAGAUCAGCUGAUCAGAGAGGCCUGCAGGAACGUCCUGGAACACGCCAAACAGCUGUUUCCAGAUGGGGAGCUGAAGAGGGCGGGGCCAGAGCUUGCUAUGAAGCAUAAGUCUAGACCCACUGAUGAAGACUGCAGUCAGAGAGGAAGUCCACUACCUAAGAAGAGGAAAAGUCGUCCAGGUGGUAUCUCCUCGGAUCGACCUGUUGGCAUCUCUCAGGUCAAGCCCAAAGCUGAGCCCAUCAAGAGGGAGGGGCCAAAGUGGGAUCCAUCCAGACUCUGCGACAGCAGCACCUUUGUUCUCGGCUCCAGAGCUAACAAAGCGCUGGGGAUGGGCGGGACCAGAGGACGAAUCUAUAUCAAACAUGCUGACCUGUUCAAGUAUGCAGCUGAUGCAAAGGACAAGCAGUGGUUGGCUGAGAGACAUCACAUGAGGGCAACAGGAGGGAAGAUGGCCUACCUGCUAAUCGAGGAGGACAUCCAGGAUCUGUCUCGCAGUGAAGAGUACAGGGACUGUCCAGAUGUCAGGAUGGAUGAGAUGAAGCCGUUCACCGUUCCUCUGUGGAUGGUGGAGAAGAUGCAGAGAGCCAUGGAGGCUCAGAGAGACACAGACCCAUGACCACUCAUCAUGUGACCCUCAGGCUUUGCUCUGAUUGGUUCCCUGAUUUUUAUUUUCUUUUGGUUCUUUUUUUUUUACCGUUUUAAAAUUUCUAAUAAAGUUGUUGGUGACUCUGAA